AUGAACUCCACUACCACCCCCUCCUCAUCCACUGCUACCACCUCCCCUGCCUUUAUCCCACCCUCUCCUUCCACUACCACUCCCCCUGCCUUUAUCCCACCCUCUCCUUCCACUACCACUCCCCCUCCUGCUCCUACCAGCUCGUUAACUUCCCCAGAGACCUUUACCAUCGGCAUGGGUGAGAAUGGCAACCCAGACACCAAAGACAUGAAAGCCGUCGUCAAGUCUGUCCUUAGCAACCGCAACAACGGCACUGACAACAACCCCAUCAACAACAACUGCAACAGCAAAGACAACAACGACAACCACAACGGCAAAGACAACAAUCACAACCACAACAGUAGCAGCAGCAACAGUCAGAGCAGUUUGAAGCGAAAGGCUAGCAGUCAACCUCUUGCUCGCCCCCCACAACCAGCCCCAGCUAAGGCACCAUGUUCUUUGCCCAAAUACUACGAUCGCAAAGUGCGUUACAAGUACUUGGAGACUCUAGGCACAGGAACUUUCUCCACUGUGUCCAAGGUGGAGAGACUUCAGGAAGGUGGACUUUUCGCGAUCAAGACCAUGUCGUUGGACAACAUUGAGACCGUAAAGCUGCAACAGUUCCCCCAUACAAACAUCAUUGGAUACGUCAGUUACUUUCGGUACAAGGAUCUCUUGCACAUGGUCCUUGAAUUGGCGAGCCAUAGCCUUCACGACGCAAUCGUCAACAGAUCCAUCGACAAGACCACGUUUCUCGAGUACACGACGAUGAUCGCCGCUGGAGUUUCACACCUGCACAGGAACAACAUACUCCACGGUGAUAUAAAACCUGCCAACAUCCUCAUCACCAAACAGAACGUGGCCAAGUUGGCAGACCUAGGCGGAGCGAUGGACAUGACCAAGAAGCCUGAGCGCGCGGUCGGGAGCUUGAACUUUCAGGCCCCUGAGGUGACGGCGGAGGGCAACUAUGGGCUGCCGGCCGAUAUUUUUUCAUUCGGCCGCACCCUGCAAGCAAUGAUGACAUACACGAGCAUGCCGAAGAACGAGGCCUUCCUGAGCUUCGCGGCACGUUUCUUGAAAUACGAGCCGAACCUGCGGCCAACUGCCGACAACAUCCUGAACGAGCAGUUUUCGGCGUUGCAUCUGGAGGAAUUGCUGGAGGAGGAGGAGGUUGUGGUGGAGGUGGAGGAGAAAGAUAAUGAGGUGACGAAGGAGAAAGGGGUUAAGGGCGAGAGGAAGGAGGAGAAGGAGGGCGAGAGGAAGGUGGAGGAGGAAGUAGAGAAGGAGGAGGAGAAAAAUGAGGAGGAGAAGGAAAUAGAGAAGGAAGUAGAGAAGGAGGCGGAGAAGGAGAACGACGAGAAGAAAGCUUAA